AUGGUUCAAGUCUGGUUACUGGAUCAAAGUUAUGGUAAACCUAACAUGACCUUAGAAAUUACAGUAGCUGUAUCAUCAAGGCAUUAUGAUGAAGUCAAGUGCUAUGUGGAAAAAGCUCAUACUACAGAAAAUAUAGAGGUGGUUGCAGUUGAAGAUAUUAAGCAUUCGGGCCAGAUUCUUCAGCAGUUAUCGAGCAAGAUCUCCAACGAUUUUGUUGUUCUACCAUGUGAUUUUAUUACAGAUAUCGACCCCGAGACACUUAUUAAUGUGCAUAGGAAUAACCAAGGUGGUGGUAAUGCCCUUGUUUCUGGGAUAUACUAUAGGAAUAACCUGGAAGCUAUUGAUAAAAAGUCGCUAGUAGCUGAUUACAUUGUUCACACGCCAGAUAACAAAAGCUCUGAUCCAGUGCUACUAGAUGUCUACAAUAAAGAAGAGAUUUCAGGAAAAAAAGCAUUAGAGGUUAGGAUGAGCAUGUUAUGGCGAUUUCCAUACAGCGUUGUAUCAAACAAAAUUUUACGAGCAUCGAUAUUCUUUUGUUCUCAUAAGGUGCUUUCUCUUCUUACACCAGACAGCGAAGAUAACACUCGAAUCAAUGCACAGAACAAAAAUAUUGACAAGGUUGUCAGAGAUAUAGCUCGUCGUUCGUGGCGCCAUCGCCAACCACUUGAGACAGUAGCAAUGAAUAUUAUCCCCGCUACGAACGAUUUAUCAGAACCGACUACAUUUAUUCGGGUCAACACUAUAUCUGCAUACUUAGAGGCUAAUAGGUAUAUGAUGAGACUGCAGGCGAAAAAGCUUGGUCCUCAACACAAUCAACCUGCAGUCAAGGGACAGGCUGCCAUUGGUGCUGAUUCUACUCUGGGUGAGAGAACAACUGUCAGUGAGCGAACUAGCAUUAAGAGAACUAUUAUUGGCCAUGAUUGUAAAAUCGGCAAAAAGUGUCGGAUCACAGGUUGUGUAAUCCUUGAUGGAGUUGUGAUUGAAGAUGACGUUGUACUUGAAAACUGUGUUAUUGGCAAAGGGUGUAAUAUCCAGUCCAAAGCGAGGCUUGUAUCUUGUAAUGUCGAGGGUGGGUACAAAGUUGCUCAAGGUUUCCAGGCUAAAAAUGAGACCCUUCAGAACCUCACAAUGGAGAGCCUGCUGGAUGGCGAUUCAGAGGGCGAAUCUAUACAUGGUACUGAUGCCCUUGUUUCUUCAGAAGACGAGGAUGAUGACAGAUCUGACGGUCAGUCUCAAUGGGAAGUCUCUGAAGGUGACGAUGUGGACUCGGAUGAUGAUGGCCUUUUUGACCGUUCAUAG